AUGUCCGUAAAAUAUGCCAAAUGUGAUCUACAGUGGUCCACUUCGGUGAUUUGUUUAAUAAUUUCACGGAAAAAACCAGGACUAUUCGGUACAUUAUUAUUAUUAUUAUUAUUAUUAUUAUUAUUAUUAUUAUUAUUAUUAUUAUUAUUGUUAUUAUUAUUAUUAUUAUUAUUAUUAUUAUUAUUAUUAUUAUUAUUAUUAUUAUUAUUAUUAUUAUUAUUAUUAUUAUUAUUAUUAUUAUUAUUAUUAUUAUUAUUAUUAUUAUUAUUAUUAUUAUGUGUGAGAGGCUGA